AUGAAAGACGCCGAGCGCAUUCCCGGCCCUAAACCCCUGCCGGUUGUGGGAAACCUGUUUGACAUCGACCCUGAACAUAGUCUAGAAUCCAUUGUUGCAUUUGCAGAGAAAUUCGGACCCCUCUUUCAAAUCACUAUCAACGGUGAAAAGCAGAUCUUCGCGACUAGCCAGGCCCUAGUAGAUGAGCUCUGUGACGAAUUGCGCUUCCACAAGGCCGUGGUGACUGGCCUCGAGAUCUUACGAUUACUGGCCCACGAUGGCCUCUUCACAGCCUACCAUGGAGAGCGCGGCUGGGGGAUCGCUCAUCGGAUUCUGGUGCCUGCCUUUGGACCCCUACGUAUCCGGAACAUGCUCGACGAUAUGAGCGACGUAGCGCAACAAUUGUGUUUGAAGUGGGCGCGCCAAGGAGGUUCAACCAGUAUCAAUAUCACCGAAGACUUCACACGCCUCACUCUAGACACUAUUGCCCUCUGCACGAUGGGUUUCCGGCUGAACAGCUUCUACAACAACGAGACCAUGCACCCAUUUGUUCAAUCCAUGCUGUACGUCCUGAGGGAAGCCGAUAUCCAGGCUAAUCUUCCCGGGAUUGCAAAUUCAAUUCGUGUCUCGGCACAGCGGCGCAUGCAUAAGAACAUCGAGGCGAUGAGGACCAUGGCUCGCGGCAUCAUCCAGGAGCGCAGAAAGAACAAAAAUCCAGUUGAUGACAUCCUAAACACGCUCUUGAACGGGAGGGACCCAGUCACUGGAGAAGGCAUGAGUGAUGACUCAAUCAUCGACAAUGUCAUCACCUUUUUGAUUGCUGGCCACGAAACAACUUCCGGCCUGCUCUCGUUCACGUUCUAUUUUUUGAUCCAACACCCCCACAUCUUGAAGAAGGCCCAGGAAGAAGUCGACGAGACUGUCGGCCUGGCCCAGAUCUCUGCGCAACACCUCGCAGAGCUUCCGUAUAUCGAUGCCAUAUUAAAAGAGAGUUUGCGCUUGAUGCCUACUGCCCCUGGCUUCACCGUCACUCCGAAGAAGACGGAGGUUCUGGGCGGGAGAUGGAUGAUCAAUGCCGGUCAACCCGUCAAUGUCCUACUGCCUGCCUGUCUACGAGAUCAGAGUGUCUUCGGACCCGACGCAGACGAGUUCCGCCCUGAACGUAUGUUGGCAGAGAAUUUCUCUAAGCUGCCUCCCAACUCUUGGAAACCGUUUGGUAAUGGUGAACGAGGCUGCAUUGGCAGGGCUUUUGCUUGGCAAGAAGCCCAACUCGUGGUUGCCAUGAUUCUACAAACGUUUGAUUUGGUGCCAGAUGACCCGUCCUACCAGCUGCGCAUCAAAGAGACUCUCACCAUUAAGCCAGAUGGAUUUCGGAUCCGUGCCACACUGCGCCGCGGUCAGACUGCUACUGGGCUAUCUCGACGUAGCAUGUUAGUGGCGAGGGAUGGGAGCUCAGAGGAAUCGUCAAAUCAUCCCGCCGAGGCCCGCGGAGACCACGCACCAGCAAGAGGGCAGCCGGUUUCCUUCUUCUACGGCUCUAACAGCGGAACAUGCAAAGCUCUCGCCCACCAGUUAGCAUCGAAUAUGAUGUCCCGCGGUUAUACUACCCAGAAGCUGGCUCCGCUAGAUAAUGCCGUCGACAACCUACCGAGAGAUCAGCCAGUCAUCAUUCUUACAACCACGUACGAUGGGCAGCCCACAGAUAAUGCGAAGAAGUUUGUCGCCUGGCUCGAAACUGGCAAUGUUCUGUCUCUCCAGGGUAUAUCUUACGCUGUAUUCGGCUGCGGCCAUCAUGACUGGACUCAAACUUUCUAUCGCAUCCCCAUCUUGAUUGAUGACCUGAUGUACAAGGCCGGCGCCACACGCCUUGCGCCACGAGGUGCAGCUAACGCGGCUGUCAGUGAUCUCUUCUCGGAUCUGGAAGCUUGGGAAGAAACAAGUCUGCUGCCCGCACUGAGGGAGAACUUCCUCCCAUCCAACAGCACCGACUUCGAUCCGCUCAACCCCCACCAGAUACAGCUCAGCCUCAGUAAGCCCAGGAGGGUGGACCUACACAAGGGUCUUAUAGAGGCAAAAGUGACUGCUGUCCGAGUCUUAACUAGCCCCGACACCCCGGAGAAGCGACAUCUGGAAUUUUGCUUCCAGGGCGACCUCAGCUUGCGACCAGGUGAUCAUCUCAAUAUUCUCCCAGUCAAUCCACCCAGCACAGUCUCGCGAGUCCUGGCGCAGUUCAACCUCGCACCGGAUUACAACAUCACGGUCAACUCAUUCAACACACUUGGUCUUCCCCAGGCCACACCCGUGUCGGCAUCCGAGCUAUUUAGCUCGUACGUAGAGCUAUGCCAACCAGCAACGCGGAAUAACCUCAAAUCACUCAUCGCAGCCACACAAUCAGACACAGUAAAACAAGAAUUGAACCGCCUGUAUGAUUCAUACGAAUUUAUAGUCCGGGACAAACGCGUCUCAGUGUUGGAUCUCCUCGAACAGUUCCCCUCUAUCUCCCUUCCUAUCGCCGCUUUUAUCUCCAUGCUCCCAGCUCUCCGCGUCCGGACCUAUUCCUUAUCCAUGGCUCCCGCUUUCAAACCAUCCCACAGCUCGCUCACCUUCUCCGUGAUCAACGAGCCAGCAUGGCGCGGCAGUGGACAGCAUCUGGGCGUCGCAUCGAACUACCUCGCGUCGCUCACAUCAGGGUCUAUUUUUUACUUCUCUCCAAGACCAGCCAAGGAGACUUUCCAUCUUCCGAAGGACCCUUCCCGCACACCUAUCAUAAUGAUCUGCGCGGGUAGCGGUCUGGCCCCUUUCCUUAGCUUUAUACAAGACCGCAUGGUCUUGAAACAGCAGAAUAAACCACUCGCGAAGGCAUUUCUGUUCUUUGGCUGCCGUGGGCGCUCCUUGGAUGACCUUUACCAUGAAGAACUAUCCGAGUAUGAAGCUGCGGGUGUGGUUGAGGUUCGGAGAGCAUAUAGUAAAACCCCGGAGUUCGACAUAGCUAAAGGAUGUCGAUAUGUGCAACAUCGACUGGUGACAGAAGGUCAAGCCAUCUUGUCUCUUUGGGCACAGAAUGCUAUAAUCUAUGUUUGCGGCUCGACGAGCAUGGCCAAGGGUGCCGAGGCCGUGUUACAGAAUAUGUUGGGCCCGUUGCCGAAGGAGCGAUAUGUUACGGAGAUCUUCUGA